AACAAUUUAUGAACAUUGGCAAUGACCUAUGAGCUUUUAGCGUACUGACUUUUACUUUGAAAGACGGCAUAUAUGACUAAUUUGCCCAAUGUUGCCUGCCCAUUCAAUUCCGGCAACUUUUAUGGAAGGGGGUUUGUUCAUACCCAACAAUGUCCCAGCUCAGGGGACCAGUAAACGGAAACUAGAUUGGAAUGGGGAACAUCCACCGCCUGUCAAAAUGUCUUGUGUAAGAGACGUUGAAAGAUAUAAAGAACAAUUGAUGACUGCCGAAGAUUUAAUUUUGGAACAGAGCGCGCCUAAAAUGAAUGGUGUCGGUGCGGAAAUGCCUAAUUCUGAAAUCGGCACUAAUGGAGUGGAGGGAAUUGCUGGUGCACCAAACGAAGCGGCACUCAGAGCACUAAUGAAACGUACUGGGUAUAACAUGCUUCAAGAGAAUGGACAACGAAAGUACGGUGGGCCACCCCCCGGAUGGAACAACAGAUCGCCACCGAGAGGAAGCGAGGUUUUCGUCGGCAAGAUUCCACGUGACGUAUUUGAAGACGAACUCGUACCCGUGUUUGAGACUGUCGGCAAGUUGUACGAAAUGCGACUUAUGAUGGACUUUGACGGCAAAAACCGCGGGUAUGCAUUCGUCAUGUAUACUUGUAAAACCGAUGCAAAAGAGGCGGUGCGAAAACUUAAUAACUACGAAAUUCGAAAGGGAAGACUAUUGGGGGUUUGCUACAGCGUCGACAAUUGCCGAUUGUUCGUUGGGGGAAUACCCAAAACCAAAAAGAAAGACGAAAUCUAUGCCGAAAUGACAAAAGUAACCGAGGGCGUCGUUGACGUUAUUGUUUAUCCAAGUGCUUCCGAUAAGUCUAAAAACCGUGGAUUUGCUUUCGUCGAAUAUGACAGCCACCGCGCCGCCGCCAUGGCCAGACGAAAGUUAAUACCAGGAAGAAUUCAACUGUGGGGUCAUCCAAUCGCGGUCGAUUGGGCAGAACCGGAACAGGAAGUGGACCAGGACAUCAUGGACCAAGUCAAAGUUCUCUACGUCAGAAACUUGAUGCUAGAUACCACAGAAGAUACCAUACAGAAAGUUUUCAGUCAAUUUCACCCCGGAACAGUGGAAAGGGUUAAGAAAAUACGCGACUAUGCUUUCGUUCAUUUUUCAAAUCGAGAAGCUUGCAUGAAUGCGAUGAAUAAACUAAAUGCAACUAAAAUUGACGGAACAGAAAUCGAAGUUACUCUCGCUAAACCGGUCGACAAAAGUGAUUACAACAGACUGGCAAAGGUCGGAGCCAAAGUAUUGGGAGCGACUCCGGGCACCACUGUUGAGGCUCAGCCUUCCGUUGCCUCGACGCUGGUCCAACCUGUCAUGACCCAAGGGGGCAUGGUCGUUUAUCCACAAACCAUGGCUGGUGUAUACCAACCAGAUAUGGCAUAUUAUCCACUUGGUCAAUACAAUCUCACAACCAACACUAGGGGCAUUUACCCAACACGGGGUGGGGCCUUGAGGGGAGGUCGCGGGAGGGGAACUGCUAACAGGAGCAGUUAUCUUGGUUACAGCGCAGGAAAAGCAACAUACGGGCGUUACUAUGCAAAAAAUAAUCCAGGGGAAAGGGUUGUUGAUAUUAACGGCAAUAUUAUAGAACUAAGUCCAUCAGGACAAAUGCCUCCACCAACUGCUGCCGCACCAGGCUCCUUGGCGUUAUAUAAGCCCGUUCAAAACAUUGGUGCUCAACAACAAAACGCCGCGGCCGUGGCAGCAGCUUAUGCAGCGGCAUGUGCUCCGCAGACAAUUAGUGCCAUAGCGCCUCAACAAACGUUGGUGGCUCCUCCACCCGCCACGGGUUCAGCGAUUCCACAAGCGGUUGCAAUUUUAGAAGAUUUAUGCCAAAAACAGAUGCUAGGCAUUCCAACGUAUCAACUAAUGACAACUCAAGGACCAGAAGGCAGACAACUCUAUGUGUAUAAAGUUUCAAUUCCAGCACUGGCGACAUUAUACCCACACCAGCCAUAUUUUCAGCCGAAUAAACUCUGUACAACGAUAGAUGAAGCAAAGUCGUAUGCUGCUGAAUAUGUUUUAUCGCAAUUAGUCGUCCAACCAGAUCCAAAUCAAACUUCUGUUGUCCCAUUUACAGCGGUCAUUCCACAGACCGGAGCUUACCAGGGCAUGUACGCCGCAGCACCGUUGUCAAAUGUACGUGGAUCUCAGUCUUCACCCCCUACUAUGACGAACGGAGCUGCCCCGGCCCCAUCCGCAACGUACGUUCCAGUAUCUACCCCGUCACCCACCGUACCCAUGUCAAUGUCAAUGCCUCUGUCGAUAAUAGAUCCCACCACAAUGAUGCAACCGAUUACUGUAAUGUAUCAAUAGAAGUACCGGACAGAUCCGGUUUAGACUGGUUAUUUUAAGGUUAUAUAUACUUUUAGAAAAAUGGCGAAGUCGACUUUGCUUGUCUUGAAAAGCAUAAUCGGCGUGGAGGAUAUAUGGGUUAUUUGUACCGGCAAAACACAAAUCAACCCAUCAUGACCUGCGGGCGAGGGUGUAUUGUUUUACACAGUUUAUUUCAAACUGAAGCAAAAGGACAUAAAAAACUGCUUUAGAUUUUUAUUAUGCAAAUUUUUGUGCUAUAUCUCUCGUGUGCCUUCUUGAAAUAUUGUUUUUAAACAACGGCGAUUUUUCUACGUUUCUUAUCAUCCAAGUUGAAAUCAAUUCGGCAAGAGCUAAACCCGCAACAAUAACUUUUCACUAUUCAUGUAAUGAGUUGUGCUUAAUUUCAGCAUUUAACUGCUCGUUAGAAUUAUUGAUGAGUUUCAUAUUAUUAAACUUGGCUCAAGACGUCUUAUAAUUCAGUCAGUUCAUUUUUGUAAAAAUUUUUCAACGAAGUCGUCUUAAAUUUCGUUUUAUUUUCAUUUCAACUUUUCCGACUAUCAUGUCUACUUCCUUAUAUCAUUAUUAUUGACUUUUUCUUGUCUUCUAUAGUAAUUUAUACAUAUUUUCCCUUACCCAAUGUUUUGAUGAAAAAUACAGGUGCAAAUAAAUAUCCUGAUAAUAUUGUAUUUCGGUGUAGUAAAUGAAUAUUUGACCAAAUAAUCAAACUUGGUUUAAUUAUGACAUAUCUAGAAAAUAAGAAUUUCGCUAUAAAUUCGUUGCUUCUACUGAACUAAAUUAGGGAUAUCUGGACUUGGUUAGAAAACGAUCAUAAAUAUUACGAAAUACAUUUAACUUUCGUUAAAUUUAUAAUCAUUUUUCAUUGAAAUGAUAGCUGAAUUUUAUGUUUUUAUGUAUCGCAUUCCAUAUUAAUCAAUUUAUUUCAUUAAGUACUCUUUCCUAUUUUAACAAUGUUUACUGCUGAGAUCAAGUAAUAUUGAAAUCACAUGUUAGGGAAAAGCUUGAGCCCCGAUUAUUUCAUCUUUGACCAACGUGUAAGCAAAUCGAAGCCCGGAAACAUGUUGCCCUGCAAGUAGCAAACGCGCGAACACGAAACCUCCAAUGUAAAACAUGGGAAUAUAUUGAAAAAAAUGAUUAUUUAUCAUUUACAAAUUGCUAUACUUCUUUUACAAAAUAUCUGAAAUUCAUUUACAAAAUAUAGAGUUGAUAAGUUUUUUUUAUCAGCCUGAACUAAAAAUAAUUUUGGAUUUUACUUUCCAUUCACAAGAUGAAAUACGAAAAAAACGGAAUUGUGUACGUAUUGCUUUCUUUAUCCUUAUUUACGUUUCUUUCUGCUCAUGAUAUUUUAUUUCUGAGCAUGAUGUUUAUUUGUUUUCUUUCACUGUUAUGUAUUUUUUAUUUUGAAGCAUAAAAUGUAUAAUUUGAAGUAAUGUUAUACACUGCAUACGAAAAUUAGUAAAUUUUCUUGACUUUCACUGCAAGUUUACAUUAGUGAUUCAUCCGAUUUAAAAAAAAAAAAAGAAUUUUUAAACAUAUUAUUUUUUUAUUGUCGAUGUUAGGUUUACUGUUACAAUGAUGUCAGAAUAGUUUCUCUGCUUUUCAUACAAGUGUUACUAUAUUUUUAAAACAUGCUCAACAUUAUUUGCCGUCUGUCUCCGCUUUACUACCCAUAGAUAGUCGGAAUUUAAGUGGUUAUUUAAAAUAACUUUUACAAGCCAAAAUUUCACAACUUUACAUUAGGCAAAUUCCAAUUAUGAACUUUUGUUAAUUCUUGCGAUAUUUCGAAUCUGUAUCUAAACUACUAAUAAUGAUAGGAAAGUUUUCAGGCUACAAUUUAAUUAUGCCACAUCCAUUUUUAUUUCAUCUGAAUAAUUUGUAGCGGUUAUAAGCGUUUUAAAGAUGAUAUUAUGCUGAUAUAUCAGAUGGAUAUAUUCGUCACAAAACUACAAAAUAUGGAGAUAUUUUUUUUUUUUUUAUUUGUUAUGCAUGUAUUAUCUUCAUGCUUUAUUAUGUUUUAAAUGUACAGAUGAUACUAUUAUGAUAUUAAUAUACGCUCAAAACGUGGUUUAAUAUUUCAAGGUUAUUAAACUAAUAAAUAAAAGCUCUUUCAUAAAUAA